AUGGAAUCCCCAAGGAAGGAAUUGAUGUCUGCCCUCUCCACACUCCACUUGGGUGGUAAAUACUCUGAUCUUACUGUCAAAUGCAACUCUCGGGAAUACAACGUUCACCGAGCCAUUCUUUGCUCACGAUCUGGAUUCUUCGAUGGCGCCUGUAGCAACCAGUUUCGCGAAGCUCAGACCGGUCUGAUCGACCUGAGCGAGGAGGACGAAGAAGCCGUCGAGCACAUGAUCCACUACUUUUACCACCUGGACUACCUUGUUAGCGAGGAUGAGGAAGAGCCGGCUUCUCCUGUCUUCCGUCACCGUGCGCAAGAGGCCCUCCGCCAGAGACCUCAAAAGCUUGAUCUCUCUCACAUCGUGGACCCCCUUUUCGCUCAGGCGGCUGCUUGCGCCCCACCCACGCCAGUUACGCCCACGGAAGGCAUAGACCCCCUUUCGCGCGCAAGGCACGACUCGAGCGUUGAUCACUCACCGCGUGCAACGAGCCCUAAAGGCAAGACCGGUCUUCGCGGCGCCGGUGCCGGCAGCCCUUCAAACUCUGGGUCCGAGUGUGAUUCUGAAGAGGACGAAGAUUGCGAGUACGAAACCGACGAAUCAAACCUCCUCACUCACACUCGUGUCUACGCGUUGGCCGAGAAGUACGACAUUCCUGCAUUGAAGGAUCUCGCAAAAAGCAAAUUCGAAAUGGCCAUGGCUUGCUACUACGACUCGCCAGAGUUUGCCGAUGCCAUCGAGGAAGUUUACUGCUCGACCAUUGACAACGACCGUGGUCUCCGGGAUGUUGUCCUCCAAGCCUUCAGGAGUCACCCUCAACUCGCCAGUACUCAGGAUGUUUUUGGUGUCAUCAAGCGCACUCCGACUCUGGCAUUUGAGCUCUGGAAGACCGAGAGAGGAAUCCCUGUCUGA